AUUACAAGGAUCUAUCUAUGGAUUUUGUGAAUUAUGCUCAAGGCCUUCCUUUAGCUCUUAAAGUUUUGGGUUCCUUCUUAUAUGAGAGAGAAAUAGAUGCAUGGGAAAGUGCUAGGGGUCAACUAGAAGCAAUUCCUAAUCCAAAAAUUAUGGAUGUACUUCAAAUAAGUUUUGAUGGGCUGCAGGAAUUGCAAAAAGAGUUAUUUUUGGAUAUGGCGUGUUUCGUCGGAGGACAUGAGCACAUAUUUUCUUGGAUGUUAUUAGAAAGAUUUGGUCAUCAUCGCAUCGACGUUGAUGUUCUCGUCGAGAAGUCCCUCAUAAGCAAAUCGAAAUAUGGAUUGUUGUCCAUGCAUGAUUUGCUAAAAGAACUGGGCAGGGAAAUAGUUCGCCGUGAAUGCCGUAGAGAUCACCCUGGAGGACGGAGUAGACUGUUUUGUGUGGAGGAUCUCUAUCACGUACUGGAGACUGAUACUGGAACUGAUGCAACUAAAGCCAUAGUCGUGGAGUUUUGUGCUGAAACGAAAGAUCAGAGACUGAAUGCCAAAAUUUCUUGUUUGCUUAAGUUCAUGGAUAUUCCGGUAGAUUCUAGUGUGAGCUCCCCUUUCCAGGCCCAGGUUGUUGUCUUUGACCCAUGGUUUAAGGUGGAUGGCAUGAUAUUUGAAUUGAAAAUUACGUACGGGCAAGCAUGGGCGAAGGAUAUUGCAGCAAGGGUCAGGAAAACCCUUGAUAGAUUAUUUGAUGAUUUUACCGUCUUGCGGGGUGGUAAUAUUGCGGCACCUACACCUACCCCCCACCAGUUCCAGAAGCCUAAGUUGGGAAAAGACGUAGAUUGGACUGGGGUGAGAGAAUUGGAUCAUGAGGACUCCAAUUCAUAUUCGGAUGUUCUUGACUAUGAGGAGGCCGACGUCGAGGAGGAGGGUGGUGAUCAGCCUGGAUCUGUGAUACAUGAGACGGCGUUUACGGCUACUUCUGAUGCAGUCUGA